AAGUUGGCAACGGUAUAGUAACGGCAAGUGAGCUGGCGAGCAGGAGUUUUCCCACCAAUUGCUUCCUCCUUCCUACUGCUCUGCUCGAAUUAACUGUACUUGUUGGAAGAUCGGAUCCAGUAGAGCUCUGAAAUAUCGCUCUCUUUUGCUUUCAGGAGCUGAAUAUAUAGCACAAAGACUUUCAGAAGUUGGUCGAAAGUUUGGUUGAGAAAUGGGGAAGAAGCGAACGAUGUUGCCGGCGUCUGAAAUUGACUUGGCAGAGGUGAAAUACACGCCUGAAAAUAUCAUAGCUCCACAUGUGACUGGUUUUUGGUUGAAGCUACUUGUAAAGUUGAUCGAAGCACCGAUGAUUGGAAGUUUCAUUGUGAACCAAAUGAGGAAGAAUAAUGGAGUGCCUGAGAUUCUGACUAAUACAGCGAUCCCUGAGAAUCCCAUGUUUAAACCUGAAUUUCCCCCUCAAGAGCCAGAACUUGGUUUCGUUUGCUUAGAUGAAGACGGAAAACCUGAAGACCGUGUUGAAUUGGCCUUGAAGUGCUUUCCACAUUAUAUCCCUGAUAGUACUUGGAUUCCUGAUUUGACUGCAUCAUUCCGUUACUGGAAAAUUCGUGAUUAUGCAUAUGCCUAUAGAUCUAAGAUUACAACUCCUUCUAUGGUUGCAGAACGCUUUAUCUCAGCCAUGGAGGAGUUCAGUAAUGCAAAUCUGUCAGCACCAACGCUAAUUUCUUUUGAUCCAGAUGAAGUAAGAAGGCAAGCUGUGGCUUCAACACAAAGAUUUAGUGAAGGAGCUCCAUUGUCAGUUCUGGAUGGGAUUUUUGUUGCUAUUAAGGAUGACAUUGACUGCUAUCCUCAUCCCUCGAAAGGCGCAUCGAAAUGGGUUCAUGAGGUCCGUCAGGUAAACAGUGAUGCAGUUUGUGUGUCAAGAUUACGUAGCUGUGGCGUGAUUUUAGUAGGGAAAGCAAAUAUGCAUGAAUUGGGCAUGGGAGCCACCGGAAAUAAUCCAAAUUACGGUACAACUAGGAAUCCACAUGCUCCAGAAAGGUAUACAGGCGGGUCUUCCUCUGGGUCAGCAGCAAUUGUUGCUUCUGGACUGUGUUCAGCUGCUCUAGGAACAGAUGGUGGAGGUUCAAUCCGCAUUCCUUCUUCCCUUUGUGGAGUUGUCGGCUUGAAAACAACACUGGGACGCACUUCCUUGGCAGGGUCAUUGUGGGAAGCAUCAACUGUCACCAUUAUUGGGCCUAUUACAGCAACUGUUGAAGAUGCAGUACUUGUAUAUGCAGCAAUCCUGGGAUCUUCUCUUGUGGAUAGAAUCCCUCUGCAACCGUCUCUUCCCUGUUUGCCGAAUUUGUCUUCAAAUGAGGCGUCAAAUGCUUUGGGAUCAUUAAGACUGGGAAAGUAUACAGAGUGGUUCAAUGAUGUAGCUUCAGUUGAAAUAUCUGAAAAGUGUGAUGCUGUCCUGAACAGGUUGUCACAAACUUAUGGAUGCAAAAUGGUUGAGGUUGUUAUACCAGACCUUCGUGAGAUGCGAAUUGCUCAUAUUGUUACUUUUGGCUCUGAAGGACUAUGCUCAUUUAAUCCUGAUCUUGAGGAUGGGAAAGGGGUGAGGUUGACCUAUGACACCCGCACAAAUCUGGCACUGUUUCGGUCUUUUACAGCAUCAGAAUAUGUUGCUGCCCAGCGCAUAAGGCGGAGAUUGUUGUAUUACCAUAUGGAGAUUUUCAAGAAAGUGGAUGUCAUUGUAACCCCUACAACUGGCAUGACAGCACCAGUAAUACCUCAAAGUGCUUUACAAGUUGGGGAGACCAAUUUGCAAGUUCUCGGACGUCUGAUGCAAUUUGUCACGUCAGCUAAUCUUCUUGGACUUCCUGCAAUUUCUAUACCCGUUGGCUAUGACAAGCAAGGGCUUCCCAUAGGCUUACAACUUAUAGGUCGUCCAUGGGGUGAAGCUACAAUCUUGCAGUUGGCAGCUGCAGUAGAGGAAAUCUGCCCGGAACCUAAGAAGAAACCAGCCACUUUUUAUGACAUUUUGAAAGGAAACUAAGUAGGAUUGUGCCAUUCAAGGAUUGUCUCAUAUUGCCGAGGAUUGUGCCAUUUAAGGGUGAAAAAGACUGUUCUGAUUGAAAUAUCCACAUACCAACUUGAGUUAUGAUGAAUAUUCAUACCAAUUUGUAACUAUUUGAAUACUAGUUACCACACACAUAUUGCGUGAAUAGUCUAAUGUUCAAUGUGUAUUUUUAAGUUAGUAUUUCAGAAUUUAUCAAA